UCUUACAUUCGUUAUUUCGUCUAAAGUAAACGGCGAGCGUUGAGAGUCACCAAUCGAGAUCAAGGGCGAGAGCGAGACCCAAAGCCAGAGAGAAAGAGAGAGAGAGAUGGCUCUGAGAGCUGCGAUUCUCCGCCACAUUCGAGUCCCAGUUCAAACUGCGGCACUAGAUCGAUCGAGGUCGCAGGCAUGGAGUCUCUGCAACUCCAUUCGGUCGAUGUCGUCCCAUGGAGACGAUCAUCUCGACAGGGAAGAAGUGAUCGAUAGAGUUCUCGACGUUGUCAAGAGCUUCCCCAAGGUCGACCCUUCCAAGGUGACCCCUGAUGUCCAUUUUGAGAAAGAUCUAGGCUUGGAUAGCUUGGAUACUGUUGAAAUUGUAAUGGCUUUAGAGGAGGAGUUCAAGCUGGAGAUUCCAGAUAAGGAGGCUGAUAAAAUUAAUUCCUGCCCCCUCGCUAUUGAGUAUAUUGCAAACCAUCCAAUGGCUGGCUAGUUCUAGAUUGUUGUAUCCAGAAUGUAAUGAUUGGAUCAUCCGUUUUUGUUUGACUUUGUUGAGUGGUUGUAGAAAUUUAAUAUCCGCUGAGGAUGGAAAAUAAUUUUGAUCCAUUUGAUAAUGUAAUUUUGGUGAACUAGAUAAUGGAAGUCAUUGAUGAACUAUUUUUUCUUGAAUAUGUCAUGCUUCAAGAUAAAGCACAUGACAGUUCUUUUAUGUCCAA